AGUGGUUCUCGCGUUGACAGGUUCCGAGCGAGUUUUCGCCGACCACGAGCCACCGAUCGGUCAGUGCUUCGAACAGAGGAUCCACGAUUUCUAGAUCCUCCUCGUACCUCAUUUAACUUUCGCGCUUCGGACGAUUUUCCGGUUCGUUCGAAACAUCGUGGAAUCCGACGCGCCUCUAUUCAAGGAUCGACGACUCCUGGAUUCUCUUGAAAUCUUUUGGAACUCGGUGCUUCGACAGAAAAGGGAUCGAUGAUUUCUGGAUCCUCCUUCGACUUUGUGCAAUUCGACGCUUUGGCAGGCAGAUCGACGAUUUUUGAAUGCUUGUCGAAUAUCGUGAAACCCAGGCAGGAGAAUCGAAGAGGAGAGAACGUUCUUGGAACUUUGUGGAAUCGAUCGACGAGUUCGUGGAUCCUGAAUUCAGCGCCUCGACGAUUUCUCGAUCCACUUUGAACUUGGAUGGUAGGCUGGAAAAUUUCUGGACUCACGUCGGACGUCGCGGAACCCAUCGCUUCGAAGAUGGAAUUUUCGAUCUUUGGUUGCUUUUUCAACAUCGUGGGAUCCCACGUAUAAAAGAACGAAUCGUCGAUCUCUAGAUCCUCUUUCGAUUAGAACGUCGCUCGGAUAGACGAAUUAUCGUGUUCUAAAUUCUUUGCGAAGACUAGUGAAGUGCAGCGCUUGGUAAAAGGGAUCGUUGAUUUCUAGAUCUUCUUCCAACACCGUGGCGCUUCUAAAAAGGGAUCACAGAUGUCUAGAUGAUUCUUGAAUAUCAUCGAGGUACUGUUUCUAAAGUAUUCUCAACGUGGAAUUCAGCAGAGCUAGAAGAAUGAUCGUCACUAUCAAGAAGCAAGAUCCGACUGUGCGAUAUUUUGACGAAAACUUCGGCAAUUCGCAGAUUCACUUCGAACAUACGACUAGCGGAUAGAAAAUCCAGUGGUUGGAAAAAUUGUUCGUUUCUAUAUCUCGUUGAAAUAUCGCGUAAUCCAGUGGUCGAGGAGAAUUUCUAGAUCCAUUUCGAACAUCAUAAAACCCGUCAGCAAGGCGAAACGAUCGCGUUCGUCGAUACGAAACCGCGUGACUCGCGAGGAAAUUCUUAUGCAACGCGUGCAGGACGUGGUGCACACUUUGCCGGUGCUUAGGCGAACGUCAGAGCAGAGAAGGAGAGGAGAACCCGUCGCGAAGAAUUAUGAAUGAUCCUCGGAACGAGGAUGAUCGCGAGCCGGCCCCGUGUACCCGGUUGCUGGAAAUAGCGUGCAAUCUGCGCACGGAAACGCCGACAACUGGACAAAUACGCUUGUUGCUCGCUUCGUUUGCUCUACACCAACGUGCUAUCGUUGAGUCGUGACGAAGAGGUACCUCGGACCGGUUGUAUAACUAUUCAAAGUGAAACUUAAUACAUUGUAGGACAGUGAAUUAGUAAAAUUAGAGGCUUUUUCUCUUACCAAGCCGAGGAUCGUCGCGCAAGUGCUUUGGUUACUCGUUUCGUUAGUUGCGAGCUAAAGUGCUAUCUUCAUCGAAGAAACUUCAAUUACACACAUUAUCCUCGGAACUUGAUACAUUAGUCGGUGUACGCAAGUUAAUUAAACUUCUCUUUCUCUGUCGAUCUGAGAAUCGUCGUAUCGAGGAACGGUUCUUGUUCUCUGUGUUCCAUCGACGUGCUAUCGUUCACUUGCGACGAACAGUACAUGUAAGUAUCUACAGCAAAACUUAAUUGUACAGAGUCGGCAACGGAAAUUAAUUUCCCUUUCUUAUUCGUCAAAAUAUUGCCACGCAAAUGUGAAUAGCAACUUUAUUAUCAUGGUGAUCGUGGUCGACGGAUGCGGAACAGUGAUAAGGAUGACGAAACGAGACGAGAAUAAAUGAUAGCGUAUGUAUAUACGGUCGCGGUUGUACGAGAAAUCGUACGACGUUUUAGCGUGGCCGUGAAACUCGGGACACUACUGUGAAUCUAAAAAGUGUUCGUUUUGCAUUGCAAAUGAAAGAACGUUUCUUUAAAACGUAAUUGUACAACGAACCUGUGCGACACGACGAUGGUGUUAUCGAUGGUUCUAUUCUAUAUCCAACAAAUAUAAUUGACGGUGCUGACCGGUUUGACGAUAGAAAAUUGUAUGUACACGUCGUACUCAGGAAAUAUGGUUAUGAAAUAGAAAAAUGACUGGAAAUGAUUUCGCUGGGAAGAGGUGAGUGGCGUUCGUGGCGAAUCGUAAAUUCAAUUGACGUACAACGCGAUGGUGCUGGUCGUUGAGAAACGUGUUUCAGAUUAUCGUUCGAUUUACAAUCUAUGAAUCAGUCACGCUGGCGACAAAAAUCAUCGUAGAAACUUCAUGAUCACGGAUAACAACCGUCUCGUAUCUCGUCGUUCAAUGGUGUUCAAAAAUUUGUCACUCUAAAUCUUCGAUCAGAUUCUCGUACGAUGAUGUGGCAGAGGAUAGGCGAGAAACGUUUGCAAAGCAGACGAAAUUAAUUGGUAAGACGAGUGGCCCAUUUCUGGAUUCUCUUUGGACGUGUUCGGGUACAGUGGUUCGACAGAUUUCCAAAUUCUAAAAAGAAGAUUCUCGUCGUCGUUGAUACGACACGAUCGCCGAUCAGCGCCUUGACAAAGGGAUCGUCGAUUUCUAAUCGAUAAUUAAAAGAGUGGGAAAUUUCCAGAUUUGAAUUUUCAAUUUCUCUUCGCGGAAGGACCGAUGAUUUCUAGAUUCUCCUUGAAUUUAUACAGAACGUUCCGACAGAGAAGUGAAAGAUCCAUGCAGCAUCUUUGAACAUCGCGGAGUCAGCGUUUAAACGGAAGAAUCGAAAAUUCCUAUCAUCCUCGUUGAGCUUUGUGAGAUUCGGCGCUUUAACAAAAGGAUCGAUGCUUUCUAGAGCCUCUUUGACUUUUUCCGGGACACGGCGUUUCAACAGAGCCGCUGAAGAUUUCCGCGGCCUCUUUGAAUAUCGUGGAAGCCAGUGCUUAGACAGAGGAACCGACGGUUUCUAGAGAUUCUGUUCGAACGUGGCAUGAAAUUCUUCUUUGUAUCGCGUCGGUAAAUUUGGCGAAGAAACUUUGAAUAGGAGAAGAAAAGAGACACGGGAGGGAAAUCGAGAUCGUUGAACGAAAUGCUCAUGACUGAAAAGGGUUCUCUGACGAAAGAAGGAACCAACGAGGAAUCGGACGAGCAUACGAUCGCCACCGACAACAACACAGUGCCACUGGACGAGUUAUUGGUGAACUCGACGGUUCCUACGACCGCGGUUGCAAUAAAAGUGUGCGAUGACUCCGCGGACGAGGCUGGAAGAGGCAACAACGAGAAGCAGAAACGCGGCAUUCUCAGCAACUUUCAGAGAAGGACAUUCAGCAGGAUCAGCUUCAAGGGAGAGACCGGCCCUUUACUGAGCAGAUACCGGCAAACAAGAUUCAGCUCGCGACGGAUACGCAAAAGAGUGGUUUUCAAGCACGGCGAUUGCAAUGUCGUACAAGGAAAUGUGGCCAAGAGACGGCGCCGUUACCUUCAGGAUAUUUUCACGACGCUGGUGGACGCACAAUGGCGUUGGACUCUGUUGGUGUUCUCCAUGAACUUCCUUCUGUCAUGGCUCGGUUUCGCCCUGAUAUGGUGGCUGAUAGCGUACAGCCACGGCGACCUCGACCUAGAAAAUCAGAACAAUCCAAACAUAACGUUCACACCGUGCAUCAGGGAGAUUCGUGGAUUCACCAGCUCCUUCCUAUUUUCCAUCGAGACGCAGCACACGAUCGGGUACGGGUCGAAACAUCCAACAGACGAGUGUCCAGAGGCAGUGUUCGUGAUAUGCAUCCAGUCAAUGACAGGUGUGAUCCUUCAGGCCUUCAUGGUCGGCAUAGUUUUCGCGAAACUGUCCCGGCCAAAGAAGAGAACGCAGACGUUGCUGUUUUCAAGGAACGCUGUGAUCUGUCAGAGGGAUGGACAACCCUGUUUGAUGUUCCGUGUCGGUGACAUGAGGAAGAGUCACAUCAUCGAGGCUCACGUCAGAGCCCAGAUGAUCAAAAGGAAGGUUACCAGAGAAGGAGAACUGCUGCCGUUCUUCCAAACAGAAUUGAAAGUGGGCGGCGAUGGCGAGGAGGACAAGAUAUUCUUUAUUUGGCCAACGACGAUCGUUCACAAGAUCGACGAAAAGUCGCCUCUUUAUCAUAUAUCAGCCAGCGAUAUGCUCAGGGAACGAUUCGAGAUUAUCGUCAUGUUAGAAGGUGUCAUCGAAUCAACUGGCAUGACCACUCAAGCCAGAAGCUCGUACCUGCCGUCUGAAAUUUUAUGGGGACACAGAUUUGAACACAUAAUCACGUUCAAAAAGGAGACUGGGGAAUACGAAGUGAACUAUUCAUUGUUCAACAAUACGUACGAAGUUGACACGCCAUUAUGUUCAGCGGCUGAUUUGGACAAACUUAGGACGAUGCAACGAUCGAAAGGAGGUAUUUCAGAACGUGCGAGCAACAGCGGAUUCGCUCAUUAUCGCGAUGCGUCGAGCAGUUCUUUGACCACCGGAUCCGGUUCCAGCCUAGCGUCGUCAACAGGCGGAUUGCACAUGAACGUGCCGAUGACGCUCACUCCGAUUCCAGUUAUGAUCACCGGCCCUGACGGUUCUCUUAGACGCGAGAGCAUGCAAAGCGCGCAAACUGACUUGAAGCAGUCCAUAUUUUACACGCACAACGAGUUCCUGGACGGUGAUCCGCACGUUUUAAAUCAUUAUUCCCACGAGGAACUAAGAAACCAAGAGGAUUAUGAUCGUGUAUUGGAAGACAUAAACGCGACCUUAAGGAAAAAUCGGGCACCGAGUAAGGAAGAUAGAAGAAUACACAGAGAACCGUCCAAGUGUACCUUAGACUCUAGGAAGAGCGAGUCGAGAGACACGAUAAAGAGAUCCAGUUCUAGGACAACGAUGGAUCAAAUUCCAGUUACCAGCUCCCUAUCGAAGUCACCAUCGCGACAGCAUUUAGAUCCCAGACAUACCAAGUUCGCGGAAUCCUCGGAAGCGUAUCGCGAACCUUCGCCUCAUCCUCUCACCUCCUCGAGGUCCAGCCUGGGAGAGAAUCACAAGGGCCCGCAGAAAAAAACCAGCUUCAUCUUAGGCGACGUCGAACACCACGUGAUAGAUAUGGAGCCUAUGAAGGAGUUUCCCGCUCGUAACGCGUUGGAGGGCGAUUCAUCCAAAACGAAUCAUCUUCCUAGGCACGCUGUUUUCUAUCAGGAACAAGUGUAGGGACGAGGUAUGGUGGGAUUCCGCGAACGGAAGGGCGGUGUGAAUGCCGGUGGAAAGUGAGAGGAAACGAAGAAACGAUGGCAGAAAACGGAACUUUGCUCUCCAACGGCCGUCAGUCAUCGUCGCGUGGACACUUCCAGCGACUUCAUUCAUCCUGGA